GGUAAAUCGAUCUGCGAAUUGGCGAUUUGCGUGCUGGGCCGCCUCUCUUGCUAAAAAGUGAAAACGGAAACAUACAUUAUUUCAACUACGGGUUAUUAUUUUCAUCUCCAAGCAUCUAUUCGCUCUUUGGUGGUGUGGCUUCUGAGCUCGCCAUCUUCACUGCAGCAUAAACCACCAGCAAAAUGAAGGUCAUCGAGGCUCAGGCUGCUGUACUCACUAAUUAUGAAGUACUCCAGCAUCUGUCCCAGCAAAAGAACCUAUACAAGCUGAGGAAACGGCGCGGCCCUCCUAAUCUGGAGACGGUCGUCAGAGAGCUCAUUCAAUAUUUACAAUCACAUCCCAAUCCUCUAAGCCAGAAGCCCAGCACAUACACCCCCAACUGCAUCUCUCAACUGCUUGAACGCCUAAGCCCGUACGAGCUCUCCAAGGGUGAAGUCGUCAUGAUUCUCAACCUACGGCCAGCUUCUGUGGCCGCGCUCAACACGGUCAUCGAAGAGAUGGCGGAGCGCUUUAGCGACGAGCAACAGGAGGAAAUGGUCAACAUUAUCUUGGAGGUUUUGGGCCAGUUUGAGGCCUCAGAACCCAAUGCAAACGGCAAUGCGGACGAUGCCGCGGACGAUGUAAACGCUUCAUGAGACUUUCAUCUACGAUUAAAACUACCAACACCAGAUUCAUUUCUUUUUGGGUAACAUGGGCAAACAAUAACUCGCUUUGCUAUCUAAAAAUCACAUUAAGGACGGCAACAAACCGAAACACUUCACAUUAUCGUACAGCCACCCUCACUCUGUCCUCCUUUCUCCGUUGUCGUCGCAAUGGCCGUCUUGCAGAUAUCUUCAAAUGCCGGCCUUAUCAACUCGCCCGUCACUGCCGAGCAUUCGACAUACCGAUCUGCCCUCAUCUCCUGGGCCAUUCGAUAGGCGUCUUGCGGAUAUAUAAUACCAUUUGGAUCAUUCUCAGACCGCAAGUCUCUCUUCAGCCCCAUUAUUACCACCGGCAAAGAGUCUCUGCGCGAAAACGACUGUUUGACCUCGUUGAUCCA